AUGCCUCCGAAACGCAAGAGGAACGAUCGCCAAUCGGUCGAAGCUGGUCGAUCUUCUCCCCAUCGACCUGGAGAAACGUCACUCGGGCAGCACGAUCGCGAAGAUAAUAUGUCACGCAAUCGCGGCAGAGGACCUCGAGGUCCAGGUCGACGCGACUCAUCGCAAGGUCAUGGCCGAGCACCCCAGAAUCAUCAACCUAAUCCUACACCACCGCAACGACGACCUGGCUCUUCUCACGCACCACCACCGCCGCCGCCCCCUCCGCCAGCGAUCAAGAAACCGACUUACGUACCACCGCCCCUAUUGAGACCACCCUCUCCGGUCCGUUCUAACUAUCGCUAUAAUAAUCUUACGGACGAGAAGAUUAGCGCUUGGGCCGAGGGCGGUCGGGACGAGAUGAUUCAGCACGGGAAACAAUCGCGAGACGAUGUUGACAUCACUGAGCUUUCGAGUUUGUUUCAGGAAUUCGUUCACUCAGUUGUCGAGGCUCGCUUAUCACCAGCUGAUGCAGGUACUUGCGUCAAGGAAAUCCUCGGUGACGAAACGACGGAGAUUAUUAAGGAUUCAUACGCGUUCGCUCCCCACACUCUAUUUCUUGACUCUCUAUCCAUCGUUAUGGAUAACGAGCCCGUUAUUUACAGGCCGACCCUCGGGGAGUUUGUUCUGACAGCUGGCAUAUCUUCAAACUUGAUGCGCCAGGUGCUCGACCAUGAAGUCUUGCAGCAUCUGGGGCUUGUUAGAGAAAAUUUCGUCAAACUGGGUAUCAAGCAGGCGACGAAUCUUCUCUAUCGACAAGCCAACUACAACUUGCUACGCGAGGAAACCGAAGGAUACUCCAAGCUUAUCACAGAAUUAUUCACAACUAGCAGUGUGGCGCCUCCCCCUCCAGAAAUGGCCGAACAAACCUUUGAACGAAUCAAGGCAUUGAUAGGUACUUUUGAUCUCGACGUCGGAAGAGUUUUGGAUGUGACUCUUGACGUUGCAGCUGCUGUACUGAUAAAGCAGUUCAAGUUCUUUGUCAAGUUUCUCCGGGUCAGCUCUUGGUGGCCACGCUCUCACCUCAAGUUCAGCGCUGCAGUUUAUGUCGGCGGCUUACCUUUGUGGGCCACCCCAGAGUACUCACAGUGGACAACAACAGAAGAGGACGAGAAGCUUUUGGAGGAGAAGAAGCGGGUUCGUGAUAUUGCAUUCUGGAGUCGAGCUCGAGAAGUGCAUAUCGCGGCAUUCUUUGAGUUGGGCGGCCGACAAGUGGCAGAUUCCGACUCUCAGCAACUUACCAUUACCAACGGGUCCCCAGGCGAAGACGCUGCAGCCGAUAUCGAGCGACAGUGGGUUCAGGAAACCAAGACACUGCCACCUCCGGGCAACCGUACGGCUGCGCAGCUACUUGGCUUCAAGCUACGUUUCUACAACUCAGACGCCAGAGAUGAAUCAGACGUCCUUCCUGCGAACCUGCUCUAUCUGGCAGCCCUUCUCAUCAAGAUCGGCUUUAUUUCCCUGACCGACCUCUACCCCCAUCUCUCACCAGCCGACGAAGAUAUGGAAAUGGUCCGCGAGAAAGAGAUGAAGAAGAUUGAAGAAGCAGAACGAACCGCCAAAGGUGGACCGAUGAACGCUCUUCUCAUGGCCGGUGUUUUACCCCAGGGUGACGACGAUAACCCAAACGGGUCGAAUCUUCCUCGACGAGAGCUUCCCAAGAAAACCGAAGCUGACGCUAAAGAAGCUGCUGCAGAGGGGGCAGACAGCAAACCAAAGUUGCCUGAGCCCUUGGAACAAAAGGUGGCGUUGCUCACCCAGUUGUUGACUAUUGGCGCCAUUCCCGAAUCGCUGUUUAUUCUCGGCCGCUUCCCCUGGAUACCCGAGGUCUUUCCCGAAGUGCUGGAAAGAAUUCAUCGCGUUCUUCACUAUUCUGUGGACAAAGUCUUCCACGACAGCCGACCUAUUGUGGUAGGCGAACCUGGAUGUCCGACCAAACUCGUUCCCGAUUUUGACCAAACUGGGCUUCCCAAGGGCAACGUCCGUCUUAGUAGAUUGACAACCCGGAAAUCACUGAGAUGGCCAUUCCCGGACAAGAUUGAUACCAACGAAUCGCAGAAUUAUCGAUAUUAUUGGGAUGAAUGGGCGGACAAUAUUCCCGUUUGCCAAACCGUGGACGACAUCUUCACCCUGUGCGGAACGCUGCUCAACAUUUCCGGUGUCAACAUUGGCAAGGAUGAGGCGCUAUUGACCAAGUUGGCCAGAAUUGGAGCCAAGAGUCUUGGAGAGGACAGGUCCGAGCACAACCUCACUCGAUGGCACGACCUCCUCCGACGGCUUUUGUUGCCAGCGUUGAGUCACACCAAGGCCAAUGCUUCUGCCGUUAAUGCGAUCUGGGAACUCAUGAGGCACUACCCCAUGACUACCCGCUAUUCCAUGUAUGCUGAGUGGUUCGAGGGUCAAAUCUCUCGACUGCCUGCUAUGAAGGCAGCUUUUGCAAAGGCAACAUCAGAGACUCGAGGCACCAUGAAGCGAGUUUCUCUUACCAACCUCAGCGAAAUGGCCAAGCAACUCGCCAAGACCAGCUACUCGUCUCCUGGUAUCGUGUUCCGAGUUGCUUUCGAACAACUGGAAUCCUACCCAAACCUGAUCGAUGCUUUUGUGGAGUGCGCAAAGUACUUUACAGACCUGUCUUAUGAUGUGCUUGUGUGGUCCCUGAUGAGCUCUCUCGGAAAGUCCAGGAGUCGUACUCAAGCCGAGCACGCCCUCACUACCAGCAAAUGGUUACAAGCCUUGUCAAGAUUCUCCGGUAGAGUCUUCCGACGAUACACCGUAUUGAACGCCACGCCAGUUCUUCAAUAUGUCAGCGACCAGCUGAUCAAGGGCAACUCUACUGACCUUAUCAUUCUCAAGGAGCUCAUCACUUCCAUGGGUGGAAUUGUGGAUUCAGUUGAUUUCACAGACCAUCAAAUCAUGUCAAUGGCUGGAGGUGAAUACUUGCGACGGCAUACUCUGAUCCGCGGUCAAGAUAAGCGAUUUGACAACAUCAAAAGCUCAAAGCGUCUUACCCAAGCUUUGACCGACUCCAAACUUGCUGCCCAGCUUCUCAUCAGCCUAGCACAGUACCGACAAGCAGCACUCUUCCAGGUGCCAGAGGAUGAAGCUCACAUCAAGUACCUUUCCUCGAUGAUUGAUGAUUCUCACCGCAUUUUGAUCCAAUAUCUGGACCUGCUCUGGAGCAACAUGGAACCGGCCAGCUUCGAUAGUCUUGUCCCUUCCAUUCCCGAACUCAUUAAUUCGUACGGUUUGGAUGUCGGCCUAGCAUUCAUGAUAGGUCGGGCAAGUCUUGCCCACCGCAUGUUCCCUUGGAAACAAAAGAAGGUUGAAGAAACCAAAGAAAAGUCUCAAAUUGCGCAGUCUACGGACAAGGAAGGGGACGUCACCAUGUCCGACACGCCCGUUACAAAUGGCGGCAACGACACACCCGGUCAAGAAACACCACAGGCCGACGACCAGACACAAAAAUCCGAAGACAGUUCUCUCAUCAAAUCAGCACUGCAGCCUCUGGUGGAAAGCAUUCAAGAUGCUGCCCGUCCUGAGACUUGGCAGAAGAUUACCCCGGACCUCUAUGUGACCUUCUGGGCUCUUCAGCUAGGCGAUCUCUACUGCCCUGAUAGGAUUUACAGACAAGAGAAAGACCGUCUCAGAGCCGAGGACCUUGCCAUCUCACGAGAUCGCAGCGACAUGUCAAGACGAGGACAAGAACGCAAAGUGGAAAAACGAAAGGAGCUUAUGCAGCUUCAGAUCGGUCUUUCCGAAGAAUGCGGCGAACACCUCCUGCGACAGGCAAAGUGGAAAUAUUUCCUGAGCAAGCAGUUUCAGUCUUCAUUCCCAGAGCCUCGAGCUAAGCCAGACAGCAUUUCCGACACGUUGCUUGAACAGUGCUUCCUGCCUCGCCUGCUUCUAUCCAAAGCUGAUGCCGAGUACACAUACAAAUUCGUCAAAGCGCUUCAUGAAGGCAAUGCUCCAGGCUUCCAGUUGAUGUCCCUCUACGACCGAUUAUUCCAUGCCAACCGCUUGAGGUCUCUCAUUUUCACAUCAACUGUUAUGGAGGCCGAAUAUCUCGGUCGUUUCUUGAGGUUGAUUCUGGAAGACUUGUCACGUUGGCACAAGAACGCAACUGUCCCCAAUGAGAAGGACAAGUCCAAGGAUCAGCCCAGGCUCGGUGCAUAUGACAAGGAAGGCAAGGGAUCGAGCGAUCAGCCUCGUCUUGGGUUUGCUUUGACUUUCGACGACAACGGAAAGCCCUUGACAUUUGUAGAGCACGAACAGUUCCGGGAUAUGCUAUUCCGCUGGCACAAGAACCUCAACAGUGCUCUUCGUUCCUGCUUGGAAGGCGCGGAAUGGAUGCACAUCCGAAACGCCAUCACAGUACUCAAGGCGGUCCUUGACUUCUUCCCCGCGAUCGACUUUAUGGCAUCCAAAUUCUCUUCUCUCCUUCAGACCAUCACCAAACAAGAGUCUACUGCAAAACCGACACCAGACAGCGAGAUUGGCGGACGUGUCGAUCUGUCAGUUGCCGCACAAGGUGCAAUGUCAGAACUUCAGAGGAGGAAAUCCAAAUGGGUCAUGGUGCAGGCUUUCCGCCCUGGUGGUGCUGGGCCUGCCCAGAACGAAUCAGAAAAGGCGUCUCUACGUGCGACUGCGCCAGAGUUCAAGCCUGGCUCCGCAAAGCCAUUCAGAGGAAAACAAAACACAGCCGAAGAGGAAGAUGGGGAGGUUAAGGAUUCCAAGGAAUCCAAGUCCUCUGGAUCCGAUUCGACAAAGCCCACAGGCCCUGCGAAGGACUUGCUACCCGCUAAGCCAGGGUCGUCCCGAGAGUCCAACUCGACCAAACGUGACCAAACGCCUUCAGGACCUCGCGCCGCAAACACAAGUUCAGGAGCUGGAUCAUCCGGGAAGCAUGAUUCUCGGCCUAAUACGUUGCCUGAACGCCCGCCUCAUACUCUCCCUAGUCGACCUGAUGUGCCUAUCCCUGCUCACUAUCCUUCUGAUCGAUUCAGCCAAUCUAGAAGCCAUGAGCGUCGUGAUGGUAAGGAGCCUCGGGACGCACGCUCCAGAGAUUCGCGCGAGCCUAGAGAAACUCGUGACACUCGGGAUCAGCGAGACUCUAGGGAGCCACGCGAACCGCGAGACCAACGAGACUCGCGAAAUUUCGACCCUGCUCGUCCAGAACGUCCUCGCGAGUUUCCUGACCGACGAUCACAGGAACACGGUAGAGACCCAUCUCGAUCUGACGGGGGACGUCGCAGCGAGCAUGAGCGAGAACGGCCCCGAGACACUAAGAGCAGUAGAGGCCACGAUCAUGGCCGUUUGAAUGACACACCAGCCUCGGCUCCCACUGCACCUGCCGCUGCUGAGGCACCUGAACCCCAUAUAAACCCAGAGAGGGCUGCUCUAUUUGCUCAAGACAGCAAGCAAAGUCGUGCGCCUGACUCUGAGCGAGGCAGAGGCCGCAAGACAGCCCCUGCCGAGCCACUGGACACGAUCAACCCAGAGAGAGCGGCGUUGAUGGGCAAUAGGGACAGCACACCAUCGCGUGCCCCCAGGAAUGAGGCACGAGAACACAAUCCUCGUGCUCAGUCACCUCGACGAAGUGGUCGUGAAGAACGACUUGACCGCAACUAUCCUGUGGAACAUCGACCCUCCGGCCGAGAUCCUCGAGAGCGUUCACCGUUGCCAGGUAACUACCGUGGAGACAGGCCAAUGGACCGCGAGAAUGAACGCCCUUCUGCACCCAAGGGGCGUGACGCUUCUGGUUUCCACGGCGCUCAGGCGCGUGCCCCUGAGCCUGAUCACAAGCCCUCUCACCAAGACGACUCAUACGGACGUCUCAACGCUAUUCAGCCCGUAGCCGAUAUUCCAUAUGGCCCCAAGGCUCGUGGACGAGGUUCAACCAGAGGUCACAGUGGGCCACAAGCUCUGCCAGGUCGAUUUGCUGGUCCCGAUGCUGAACGACCGCCCACCCCAGAUCGACCUCCUCCUACGGGUCCAUCGUCAGGAAGAGGGCGAAGAGGCUAUGAGCAGAAUGCUGGUCCAGUUACUCCUGCUGGCACACCUGGAGGUCCCGGGGGCAGGCUUCGAAAUGCUGGCCCCGGCCAAAACAUGCAGUCUCCUGCUUCGGUCAAUGCAACCCCUACAGGUGUUCAUCCUGAACGUCUUGCUCAGAUCGGUGGUGGUGGUGGUAAUUCGCUACCUCCCCCUCCCCCUGCAGGGCAACCACCUCAUGGGCCUAGCAAUAGCCACGGGCAUGGCCGACAGUCCAUGGGUGGAACAAACACUCUCGACCGUCCCAGCUCUGGCCCACGACAAACACCUGGAGGCUACACUGGGUCUCCAGCCAGUGAACCCAAUGUGCCAACCGGGCCGGCUUCCAGCGAACGUCGCAGUGGCGGUCGAAGGCAGCUAGCUGGCAUCAACAGCACCUUGCAACAAGCUCAGGCCAACAUGCCUGAUACAACCCGAAGCAGUAGCGGAAGGAGGGGUCAGGCUCGCCAAAUCCUUGGCGGCGGUUCAGAUGCUCAGGUCUUGACUGGAGGUUCGCCCGCCACCACGCCAGCACAGGAACGUUCAGAUCCGGUCAGAAAUGAAUCUUCAAGCCGGGCGUCUGCCAAUGGAGAUGAAGGCUCAAGCCGCGGUGAACAUGAACGAGGCCGACGCGACCGCGACGGUCGAUCAAACAGAUCUUCGCGUCGAGGAAGCCGUGACCGCGACCGCGAGCGAAGUCAAGGUCGAGACAAGGAACAUCGCGAACACCGUGACCGCCGCUCAGGGGCUGGAGAGAGUGGUAGGGAAGAGCGCGAAUCCAGACGCUCCAACCGAGAACCUGGCGGUGCUCCACGCGAGCCAAUGGGGCCUCCUCCUACUGGAAGAGACCUUGUACAAGGCCGUGAUGGCCGGCACAGAGGUGAUAGUCAAAGCGGCCGCAGUGGUGAAGACUGGGCGAGCAACGGUAGAGGAGGACGAGGACAACGUGAGGGAGGUUUACGACCAGACGAUCGUCGUGACGGGCGAGAGGACCCCCGUGGACGAAAGAGGAGGAGCGAAGGAGAUUCAGGGUCGCAGAAUGAUCGCGAGAAACGGGCCCGACGAUAA